AUGGCACAAGAAGAAGUAGUCAAUGUGAGGGUGGACCCACUGGGGGAUGAUGAUGCGGAGGAGCUAGCCGCGCGAUACAGGACGGAGACACGGAUGGUGGGGGCGGGGGUGGGAGAAUCGGUGGAAGAAUCGCAGGCGUCGGCCCUGAUAUUGGCUCCAAAGCCACUAAGCCAGGUAGAGCCAGAUCAGUGGCACACUAAGGCGGACAAAUCCACACUUACAGCGGUGGAUUUGGAGGUUAUCAGGGAACGAUACCAGAUCCCGGCGGAGGUAGAGUUAUUGCUGCCAACAUCAAGGGAAAGGCCGUCUGCUGCUAGGCCAGGGGAGUUUUCCCUUUUUGAGCCGCGGCCGCCUCCUGUAGACCCUGUAAAAGAACAGGCCAGAAAGGAGGGGGAGGCUCUGAAAAAGAAGAAGAAGAAGAGGAGUGCCCCAGAGGGAGCCGCAGAUGAGUCUGGGGCCAAGAGGGCUAAGGUGGCCCCAACUGAGGUGGAGGUCCCUGUGGCCAAGGGCGCCCCAGAGGUGGUGGAGAUCAUCCCAACGGUGGAGGUUGUGGAGAUUGCUCCAACAGUGCAAGUGGAGGCUAGGUUGACUGAGGCGGUGCCGAGCGGAAGGGAACAGAAAAAGUUAGAAGAGUCUGAAAGGGCCUGCGCCGUGGCGAUCGAGCGGUAUGAAGAGGCCAUGAGCAGCAAUGAAGAGCUGGUCAGGCAAAAGGAUGAAGCAGAUUCCAAAAUUGGAGAUCUGUUGAAGGAGUUGGAGGAGGAGCGCGCCAGAGCAGAGGAGGAGAAGGGGAGGCUUCUGAGGGAGUGGGAAACAGAGAAGGCGCAGACGGUGGCGGAGCUGGAGAUUCUGAAGAAGGGGGUGGAAGAGGAGAGGGCGACGGCGGCUGCUGAAAGGGGGGCCCUGCAAAGAGAGCUGGACGAGGAGAGGGCGAAGGUGGCGUCUGAGAGGGCGGCCUACCCUGAUCUGUGCGUCGCAGCAGUGGAGCAAUAUAAAGGAUCCCCCGAAUUUCAGAUGGUGGUAGACGCCGCUGUCGCCAGGAGUCUGGCUGGGCAAGAGUCUGGGGGGGUGGGCCAACAAGGAAGACUGCUGGGGGUAGGACAGAGGCAGAGUGGUUCAAAAAUUCCUACCAAGACCAUAGAUGGCCUUAAGGUACCAAAACCUGAAGAUGAGUGGAAUGAAUCAGAAACAAGAAUAGCCCAAAUUAAUGUCAAAGCCACAAACAAGUUGUCCUGCACCUUAGAUGCCAACAAGUUCAACAUGAUCUCCACAUGUAAAACCGCAAAAGAAAUAUGGGAUAAGCUUAUAGUGACUCAUAAGGGAACCGAACAAGUUAAAGAAUCUAGAGAAGGAAAGGAAGAUGAGGACAACAACAAGAAGAAAGGAAUAGCUUUCAAAUCCACCUUGAAACAUCAAGAGGAUGGAGAAGAUGAUUCGGAUGAGGAUGAGGAAAUGAAAUUCAUCACUAGAAAGUUUCAAAGAUAUUGUGACAUGUUUGUUUCUGUAGGCACUCAACCUGGAGAUCAACCUUCACCUGUGGCUUUUGUUACCCAGUUGUCAAACCCUGAGUAUCUAAGCUCUUAG